AUGUAAAGAAUUUUUUUAUAAAAUGAAACUAAAAUAAACAAAAUAUUGAAAAUUUUGAAAAUUGUAAAGAAAAUUUUAAGAAAUUUGGAAAAAAUUUAAACAAUUUAGACAAGUGUUCAAAGUUGAGAAAACAACAACAAACAGUAAUUUAGCAUUUUAACACACCAAGGAUUAGUGUUUUGUGCUAAAACUGUUUUAGAAAAAAGUGGAAUUAAGAAUUCGGAAAAGUGGAAAAAAGUGUUUCUUGAAAAAAAAAAAAUCACUUUAAAAGAAAUUAUAUUUAAAUGUCUAACUAAAAACAAAGUAACAAAAAAGCAAACCCCUUUACCCCUUAACUUAAAGAAAUUUGAAAAUUUUGAAUGAAUUAAACUUAUAACACAAAAAUGCCUAAAAUAUUUUUAAUCAAAAAUCGUCUGCAUCAGCAGCAACAACGUUUAUUGGAAUCACAAAAUCUAUUACAACAUAAAAACGAUGAUGAUCGUUUGGUACCACCACUCAGUCCCUCCGAACGUCAUCAGAAUAAUGCAUCACAUUCACCCACACCAUCACCCUAUCGUCCAGCCUCACCACCAGCAACACAACCACCACGUUCACCUGAACCACAGGAUUUUAGUAAUGAAAGUCCCUCCUCAAGCCUUAAUAACACUUCAGAUUCUUUAAAGGCUUUACACAUACACCAGCAUCAUCAAUCCCGCUCACGUUCACAUUCACCUUAUGAUAAAGUUCUUAAUUUAAAUAAGAAUGAUCAGCAGCAAUCGGUGGCUGAGGUGGAAGAGGUGGAAGAUGUUGAGGAUCAACAGCAGCAACAGCCCUUAAGUUUGGUCUCAAGUCUUACGUAUUUGGGCCGUAAACGUUUUCAUCAAUAUCAUCAGCAAUUGUUGCAAAAUCGUAAUUUGAAAAAAUUGGAAAAUGAACAGCAACAGCCACAAGAACAAACAGAACAACAAGAGAAUUUGGAUAAGGAAAAGGAAGAGUCAGAAGAAGUUGGUCCUGUUUCUUUAACCACCGAACACGAUAGAUUAUCACCUGCAGCAGUAUCACCCACCGCUUCCACUACCACUUUACCUUUGAAUUGUUCACGCAAUUCUACGGCAUCACCUUCUUCAACAGCCUCUUUAUCACCUGCCUCAUUAACACAAACAUUAACAUCCUCCUCCUCCACCUCUACGACUUCACUCAAAGACUGUCAAGUUUCUAAGGAAACUUUUUGUAAUUACAAAUCAGAACCAAAGCCCGAUAAGGAAUCAGAAGAAACACCCAAAUCUGCCUCACCUAAACAUCGUUACAUUAACUCUUAUCUAGGUGCAACAACUGUCCACAGCAGCAGCAACAACAACAGCAGCAGCAGUAAGUCAUUGAUUGGUGGUGUCAUCUUAACCUCAGCUCAACGCAAAGAAUAUCCUGUGGAAAUUGUACAACAAAUACAACAGCAACAACAAAAAGAUCUAGAACAAUCAAGAGAAUCGUUUGAGGAUAAUUCCGAUUCAGAUAGUGACUCGGAUGAUGGUUCAAAAUUGAUUGUCGAUGAAAAACCUUUAGUGCCCGAAGAGCAACCCUUGUCAUUGCGUGUACGUUGCACACCACCACCAGAAGAUCAAAGACCCUCACCUCCUCCUUGUCCGGAGCCGGCCGUAAGGUGUAGUGUUAUACAGAGAACACCCGCCAACGAAGCAGAAAACCAAAGACGUUCCCACGAAGUUCUAUUGCCUUUGGCCAGUUUAGAACAUUUGGGUCCCGAACAACAAGAACCCAUAGAUUAUCACGUGCCUCGUAGAAAAUCCUCUUUGGAUAACGACGAGGAACAACUGUUGAAUGCCAAACGUUUGGAGCGUGAGCGUAAAUUAAGAGAAGCCAGACGUCGUAGUGCUCUUUUGGCUGCUCGCACCAUUUUGGCACAGGCUCGCCUUAAUCCUCGUUUUGUGCGCUCUCUUCCCGGUAUUUUGGCCGCAGCGGCAGGACACGGACGCACUACUUCAGGUUCAGGCGGCAGUAAUCAAGGACAAAGUUUCCAGGGAGGUUUUGGCAGUAACUCUGGUUCUGGUUCUCAACAAUCGGCCAGCGGCGGAGGUUCUCCCACCGGUUUUAGUGGUUCUGGGGGAUUAAGUGGCGGUUCAGGUGGAGGCAUGGGAGGAGGACGUGAUGGCAGGGGCAAUUAUGGCCCCAACUCUCCUCCUUCGGGAGCUUUACCUCCCUUCUACGAGUCUCUUAAAAGUGGUAAUGCCAUGAAUGGUUCUUCUUCUAGCAAUUUUAACGGCUCUCCCAAUUCAACGGCCACUUCGAACUUUUUACUGCAAAACGCAGCCGCUUAUUUAAUGUCGGCCGCUGGUAGUGGUGGUGUUAGUGGUUCACAACAAUUUGCCGGUUCGGGGGGUGAUACUUUAGGUGGCGGUUCUUCGGUGUUGGAUCAAAAUUCUUCUUCUGUCUCCAGCAUGCUCUUCCACAACGGUCACGGUAAUAAUUCUCUUCCUUAUAGUUCUUUAGCUCAUUGUGCUAAAUAUAAUCAUCCUUCUUCUCCUUCUUCGGCCUCUUCACCGCAACAUUUUCCCUCCUCUGCGGCGGCAUCUGCUUCUAAUCCUCAUCAUCCUCACUUGCCCUAUGGUCCCAAUCCCUCAGCUUAUGGUAUUAUACUAAAAGAUGAGCCCGACAUAGAGUACGAUGAGGCUAAGAUCGAUAUAGGAGCUUUUGCUCAGAAUAUUAUACAAGCUACCAUGGGGAAUUCGGGUAAUUUUAAUGCAUCUGCUUAUGAAGAUGCUAUUAUGAAUGAUUUAGCUUCAGCGGCUCAGGGAGCUAAUGGUUCGGUGGAUCCUCUGCAGUUUACUGCCACUCUCAUGUUGUCCUCACAAACGGAUCAUUUGUUGGAACAGUUGUCGGAUGCCGUGGAUUUGAGUUCAUUUUUGCAGCGCAAUUGUGUGGAAGAUGAGAAUUCCACCUCGCCGAGACAAGAUUUUGAGCUGGUCUCAACACCGUCUUUAACACCAGACUCAGUUUCCAUUACACCAGUCGACUGCCACAAUAAUGGCAGCACACAAUUGGAUACUUUCCACGAGAGUCUUAUGCAACAAUUGACCAAUAACAUAAGUCGCACACACAGCAAUAAUUCCUAUAAUAAUUUCGACCGUCAUCCCAACAGUUUGCAGCAGCAACAGCAACAAAAUCCACCACCAUCGUAUCAACAUGCCACACGCGAGAUUAUGCAAAUGCAACAGCAUCAUCAACAACAAACGCAGCAGCAGCAACAGAAUUAUCAUCAGUCAAAUCAACAACAAUCACCUUUAAAUUCUUUAAUAAAUCAAAAUUCUCUCUUACUGCAACAACAACAGCAACAACAAAAUGGUUAUCACAACUCACACCAAAACCAACAAUAUAAUCCUUUACAACAACAGCCACAUAACCACCUUAAUCAUCAUCAAUUGCAACAACAUCAAGCUCAUCAUCAACAACAGCAACAGUUACAACAUCAGCAGCAACAACAACACCAUCAGCAACAUCAUCAUCAACAACAACAACAGCAUCAACACUUGCAUCAUCAUCACCAUCAUAUGCAUCAUCAACAUCAUAGUGAUAACAGUAAUUUAUCACUACCCUCACCAAAUGCAACAUCUUCGUCGAAUCAUACCUCCUCCACCUCUGCAACAACAACUGCCAAUGGUCAUUUAUUGAUUGCCUCUCAAGGUCAUCAUCCUAUGUCUUCAGCAGCCAGUAAUACAUCAUCGGGUUCAGCUUCAGCUCUCUUAGAUACAUCAUUGCUGGACACAAAACCCAUCAUACAAAGUGUAAGUCCAACAUAUUCUAACGCCUCCGCCAACUCCACUACAUCUAACUCCUCUUGUCCAUAUGGUCUGAAGGAGGAAUGUAGUGCUGCUGGUGGUGCUACAAAUUGUUCUACCACUAGUGGUAUUAGUACGUCGUCGUCUCCUUCCUCUGUUUCCACAAUAUCGUCGUCGUCUUCGUCGUUUAGUUCAUUAAAGCAACAACAGCAACAUCAUCAGCGUUCAUUGGUCGCCUCUAUGGCGGCCAGUUUAAAUACUCUACCGACAUCGCCUACUGUUGCAAUGUUGCAUGAAAGCAAAGUGCUUCAGCAACGGUUGGGCCUGCCACCCGAGGUACAAUUGGAAUUUGUCAAUGGCGGACAUGGCAUUAAGAAUCCUCUCGCCAUUGAAAAUACUCAUGGUCAUCAUCAUCAUCGUAUACGCAGCAUAGACUGUAUAGAUGAUUUGAAAAAACCCUCCAACAUAAUGCCCGAUAACUCAGCAGCUAUCAUGAUGAAUGGAGGUUCACCCACCAAUAAUAAUUGUAAUUCUAAUUCCUCCAGCAUUAAUAGUAAUGAUCAAAGUGAACCUAAUGGUAAAUUUGUUUGUCGCAUUUGUUUGAAAGCUUUUUCGCUGCAACGUCUACUAAAUCGUCAUAUGAAAUGUCAUUCGGAAAUUAAACGUUACUUAUGCACUUUCUGUGGUAAGGGUUUUAAUGAUACUUUCGAUUUGAAAAGACAUACACGUACCCAUACCGGUGUAAGACCUUAUAAAUGUAAUCUAUGUGAGAAGAGUUUUACACAAAGAUGUUCUUUGGAAUCACAUUGCUUGAAAGUUCAUAGUGUACAGCAUCAAUAUGCCUAUAAAGAGAGAAGAACUAAGAUGUAUGUUUGUGAGGAAUGUGGUCAUACCACUUGUGAACCUGAGGUUCAUUAUAUACACUUAAAAGAAAAUCAUCCUUAUUCACCGGCUUUACUGAAAUUCUAUGAUAAACGUCAUUUUAAAUUUACCAAUUCACAAUUUGCCAACAAUUUACUAGGACAACUGCCUAUGCCGGUGCAUAAUUAAGAGUUUGUUAAAGAAACAGCAACUGCCUUUUAAACAGAAACUAUUAACCAGAACAAAAACUCCGAGAUUAUUAUUAUUUUAUAAUUAUUUACAAAUAUUUAUCUUUUUUUGAUGUAGAAAUUCUUUUUAUUUUAAGAAAAACUUAUAUAUUUUUUUACAUAUUUUUGCUGAGCAAAUUCUUUUUUUAUAAACUUUUGUAAAUCUUUUUUUUAAAUUGAAUUUCUUUUUGUUUUUUUCUUACUAUAUGAAUUUACCUUUAAGUGAAUUUUUAGUUGAGUCAUUUUGUAGUUUUUUUCUUCUUUUUAAGCUAGAAAAUUCUUUAAUUUUAUUUUUAAAACAUUAUAACACAUCUCAUCUCAUUAUUACUUUUAGUUUAGUGAAAAAAUUUUGAAGUCAUUAUGAGUUUGUUUAUUUCUUUUUUAAUUUAAUUUUUUUAAAAAAAUGCUUUAAAAUUGUAAACUUUUAAAGUUUUCUUUAGUAAGAAAAAAAAACAUAUUUUGGCUUUAUACUGUAAACAAUAUUUUUUUAGAUUUUUUUUAAAUGUAUAAUAUUAUUUUUAGUUUGUAAAUUAUAUAUUAACUUUUGUUUUUAACCAGGCUUUAACCUUUUAGUUUUUAAAUUUGAUUUUUAACAUUUUUUUUUUUUCACAUUUUAUUUAAAACUAUUUUAUGGCAAUUGUGUUUAAGAGUAAGGCCUGCAGCCAAAGAGCAGGAGUUUGUAGUAUAUAUUACUUAAAAUUUCUGAUACUAUUUUGCUAUUAAUUUGUUUUUAAAUUAAAAAUAUUCUUAUUUGAAUUUAGAUCUCUUUAAUAUCAAACUUUGGCUAAGUGACCCCCCGGGGGGCUUGUUUUCAAUAUUUGUUAUAGGAAAUCCAGCAAAGUGCAGGAAUUUUUAUACAUUUUUUAUAUAAAUCCUUAGUUAAAAACCUCUUUAAACUCCAGGUUUUGGUGUUAACUGUAUGCUAAAGACCCCCUGGGGGUUACAAAGCUUUUUUUUGUAAUCGUUUUAGAAAUAUUAGAUAUUUUUAUAUAUUUUAUUUUACAGUUUAAUAACAUUUCUUUAAAUUAAGUUUAACAACCCCGGAGUGUCUUCUUUGUUUUACCAAAAAGUGAAUAUUAUAAUAAAAUACCCCUUGGGGUCUUGGCCGUAAUUCAGUUUCAAAGAAAAAUUUGUCAAAAUACUUAAAAAAUUCCUACACUUUUAAUUGCGAAUUGAGUUUUGUUAAGCUUCCCUAGGGUCCUUAUUAUCUGGCCUGUAGACCCCUGGGGAUCUUUUUUGUUUUAACGGUUUUAUAUUAAAAUACCUCUGGGGGUCUUCUGCGUAAUUCGGUUUCAAAGAAAAAGUUGUCAAAAUACUUAAAAAAUUAUUACAUUUUUAAAUUCAAAUUGAGUUUGGGUAUAACCCCCCCAGGAGUCUUUGUUAUCUGGUGUGUAGACCCCCUGGGUUUAAAUUUUCACAUUGUAAAGGAUAAUGCCUUAAAAUUGAUUAAAAAUUAUUUGAUUUUUUAAAAAUUUUAUAUUACAAUUUAAAAAUUUUAACUUAAGUUAUGAAAAUGACCCCCUGGGGCACCCAAAUGUACUCCUGAAAUGUCGAAAUGUGGUCUAUAGACCCCCUGGGGUUAAAUUUUCGCAUUGUAAAGGAUUUUUUAUAAAUUUUAUAUAACAAUUUGAAAAUGUUAACUUAAGUUAAGAAAAAGACCCCCCAGGGGGACUCUAAUGCAUUCCCCUAAUGACGGUUUCUUGUUUAAAGACCCCCAGGGAUCGGCUGUUUAAUAUUUUAAAAUUUUUUUUUAAUAUUAUUGAUUAAAGGAAUAGACCCCCAGGGGUCAAAGGGUAUGCUUCAGGGGUUUCCCUUAUAUUUCCUAAUAACUUGUCAACCUAAAUUUUAAAUUCUCUGCAAAAUUUUUAAAGCAAAAUAAAAUUUUUAGAAUUCUUUUGUUAAAUCUUCAAACUCCUUUUACUAAGCAAAAGCUUUUAACUUUUAAACUCAAUUGCAAUUGUGUACAAAUCAUUUCAUUUUGUUUUAAGGAUAUAUAUUUUUAUUAUUAUUACUCUACACAAAUAAACAACCUACUACCCUACCCCCACACCUCAUACUCCUUCCCUAAAACUUAGAUUCAUUGAAUAUUUUUUUUGUUUGUUAAGUUUUUUUAUUUAAGUGAAUUUUAUAAAUGAAUUAUUUAAUGGAUUCAGAGAACUUUUUUUUAUAUUAAUUGAACUCUCUAAAACUGAAUUAUCUUUUUAA